CUGGAUGCUACAGCAUUUCCGGAGGGCGAGGCAGCUGUCGGGCAGGAGGCUGCCGUUGGGAACACUGCUAUAACCGCCUCAGGCCUAUCGACCCCGCGCACCGCCUGUAGCAGGGCGGCCGGCGUGAACAGUGUUCCGACGGCGGCCGCGGCGGUGUUUGAGCCUUGGCGCGGCCCGUAGCCGGGGCCGCCUCGCGCGGCCUCAACAUGGCGGCGGCGCCGCGCGGGGGGCGGGAAGUUUCCGUGCCGCCUGUUGAGGACUUCGGUGAUUGUGGACCACUGUUACUGAAAUGAAAUCACGGAAGGCAGCGAUUGUGUUGCAUUUUUUGGAUGAAACCCAGAUAUUUACUUUUGGUCAAGUGGGUAAAACCCCCUAACUGCAGUUUACAUGUGUAGGUCACUGCGUUACUGUGUCAGUCAUUGUCUCUAUGCAGCAAUGACAAGGCUAGAAGAAGCAAACAGAGAAGUAAACAUGCACUCGUCAGUCAGAUACCUUGGCUAUCUCGCCAGAAUCAACCUUCUGGUUGCCAUUUGCAUGGGCCUUUAUGUCAGAUGGGAAAAAACUGCGGAUGCACUGAUUUUGGUAAUAUUUAUUCUGGGACUCUUUGUUCUUGGAAUUGCCAGCAUACUGUACUACUAUUUUUCAAUGGAAACAGCAAGUUUGAGUCUCUCCAAUCUUUGGUUUGGUUUUUUGCUUGGCCUUCUCUGUUUUCUUAAUAAUUCUGCCUUCAAAACGGAUGUGAAAGAAGAAGCUACCAAGUACUUGCUCCUCUCCGCUAUUGUUUUAAGGAUAUUAUGUGCUUUGGUUGAGAGGAUAUGUGGUUGUGUCCACCAUCGACCAACUCUGCUGACAACAGUUGAAGUUUUGGAGCUAGUUGGAUUUGCGAUUGCCAGCACAACUAUGUUGGUAGAGAAGUCUAUGAGCAUUAUUCUGUUGGUUCUGGCUUUGGCCAUGUUGAUUAUUGACUUACGUAUGAAGUCUUUUUUGGCAAUUCCAAAUUUGGCAAUUUUUGGAGCCAUUGCAUCCUUACUCUUUUUUCCAUCACUGCAAAUCCCCACAAACCCAUUUGCCUUGGCGUGUUUCUUCAGCUGCCUGAUUUCAGAUCCCCUCCUUGACGUUUACUUCAGUGGACUUUCAGUUACCGAACGAUGGAAGCCCUACUUGUACCGUGGUAGAAUUUGCAGGCGGCUUUCUGUCAUCUCCGUUGGAGUCAUUGAACUAACCUUUUUCAUUCUUGCAGCCUUCAAGCUACGUGAUUUGGAUCUCUGGUAUUUUGUGAUACCCGGAUUUUCUAUUUUUGGAAUUUUCUGGAUGAUAUGUCAUGUAAUUUUUUUUAUAACUCUUUGGGGGUUUCACACAAAACUAAAUGAUUGCCACAAGGUGUACUACACCCACCGUGCAGAUGACAACAGCCUUGACAGAGUUAUGGCUUCUAAAGGAAUGCGCCACUUCUGUUUAAUUUCGGAACAGCUGGUAUUUUUCAGCCUUGUCGCCACUGCUGUUUUGGGUGCUGUUUCUUGGCAGCCAACCAAUGGGAUCUUCAUGAGUGCAUUUCUCAUUGUUUUACCUCUGGAGUCCAUGGCUCAUGGGCUUUUCCAUGAACUGGGGAACUGCUUGGGAGGAACAUGCGUUGGGUAUGCCGUUGUGAUUCCCACCAACUUCUGCAGUCCUGAUGGCCAGCCAACUCUUCUUCCACCUGAGCAUGUACAAGAGCUAAAUCUGAGAUCUACUGGCAUGCUUAAUGCCAUCCAAAGAUUUUUUGCAUAUCACAUGAUUGAGACAUAUGGUUGUGACUACUCUACAAGUGGACUAACCUUCGAUACCCUUCACUCCAAGAUCAAGUCUUUCCUUGAACUUCGGACAGCAGAUGGGCCCAGACAUGAUACCUACAUUUUAUAUUACAGCGGUCACUCACAUCGCACUGGCGAGUGGGCACUGGCAGGGGGUGAUGCUUUACGACUUGACACACUGAUGGAGUGGUGGAGAGAAAAGAACGGCACUUUCUGUUCUCGACUCAUCAUCGUUUUAGACUGCGAGAACUCUCAGCCUUGGGUUAAAGAUGUAAGAAAAGUAAACGACCAGUAUGUUGCAGUGCAAGGAGCAGAAAUGGCCAGAGUGGUAGACAUCGAGGAAGCAGACCCUCCACAGCUCGGUGACUUCACCAAGCAGUGGGUCGAGUACAACUGCAACCCCGACAGCAACAUCAGCUGGUCGGAGAAGGGCCGUGCGGUGAAGGCGCUCUAUGGGGUAUCCAAACGCUGGAGCGACUACACUUUGCAUUUGCCAACGGGGAGCGACGUUGCCAAACACUGGAUGAUGUACUUCCCACGCAUCACCUAUCCCUUAGUACAUCUGGCAAACUGGUUUUGUGGCCUCAAUCUGUUCUGGGCCUGUAAAGCAUGCUUUAGGUGCUUGAAAAGACUGAAAAUGAGUUGGUUUCUUCCCACAGUGCUGGACACAGGACAGGGUUUCAAACUUGUCAAAUCCUAGUUAGCAACCAAAGAGAAAAUGAGAAGUGAGAGCUCUGGGAACUUUCUCACUGUACCACACAGAACUUUUUAUAUGACUGGGGUUUUUCUGAAAACGUCUGCUACGCUCACUUUAUUCAGCUCUUUGAGCAGCUACAGUAUAUGCAACAGUUAGAAACUGCAAUCUUAAGCAGAGGAGGGUAGGAAUACGCUGUUGGGUUUUGUUACAUGUCUGUAUAAACAUAUGUAAGAGAAUUAUUUAAUAUGACCAUGCUUUUUGGAGACAGUUCACGUGUUCUUACGUGUUACUUAAAGCAGCGUUUGUGCGGAGUCACCAGUUUGAUGGAUGGCAGCUCCUGUGAAUAUUACAGCAUGCUUAUUUGUCAUUAUAGGUUCAAAUACAGGAAGGGAACCAAGCUAAUGCCCAAAUCACUCUAGAUGUCCCUUAAAUUAUAUGGUGGGGUCAAGAGUGUUAUAAAACAGCACUGAGCCAGAAAAUUAGAAGAAGGGAGAGUCAUUGUAAGUAGCCACCAGCAAUCUUUAGCUUUAGUUGCUUUUACAUCUUCAGCCCCUGCCUCACUUUUCUACUGACAUCAGUGGAAAUUUGCCACAGAAAACAAGGAAAUUGGACAACCCUCUAAAGUUCUGAUGCUGCUCCAUGAAAGUUUUCUGAAGCACAGUGUUAAAAACUUACAGUGUUACUUUCAAAAUUCAGUAUCUUGCUGGUGGAGUUCUUUUUUUCUUUUUUAAUAAUCCCAGUAGUUGAUACAUAGAACAAAAAGUGCACUGAAAGUUUUUCUCACUUGUUUGUGUGGUUCUGUCUUUUCUAGGCUCUUACUCAUUUGUAUUUUGAAAAGCCACCCUGAACAAAAAAGAAAAGCAAAAAAAUACCGAGGAAUUUAACAAAAUAAUCCAUGGAUAAAAAAUAGAAAUACAAGUGUUGCCUUGCUGCCACGUUUAGCUGAACUCUUGGCAGUGCUUAAGACCUUGAUUAUGUAAAGUGCUGAGUAUGGGAUUAGACUGAUGAGUUCAUUAUCUAUUAAAACCACAAGAAGAGUUUGUCAGAAAGAAUGGAUUAUUCCCUUAGGACAGGAAUGAAUCCUGAGUAUUCCUCAACUCUGGUCCUAAUCUUGAUCCUCCCACUGACAGAGCUGAAGGAGUCUCCAGAAAUCCUGUCCUGGCCAUCAGUCAGCACAGCUGCCUAACCUUCUGAUCUUGUUUUCUCAAGUACAGAAAGUAAGGAGUGAAACAACUAAGCACCUAAGACAGUGAUGGGUUUUUUGCAUAUGUGUGUGCAAUCCAGUAGACCUGAAGUUUACCUUUUCCUGUUUCCAUCAUUAUUUUAAUUAAAAUGUUAGACAUUAGCUGGUGUUUAUAUAAAAUAUAACUUUUUUUGUUUUUUAAAUUUAAAUACAUUAAAACCCUUUGGGAGCUCUUUAAGUCUUUGCAGUCAAGGAUUUUUCUCUUUCCAUUUGAGCUUUUUAGUCAUCUUAAGUUAGAGAAUCUGCUGACACUGAUACCCGUAAGUAACUCCUGAACCACUCCUGGUGAUUGCUUUACCAGAUCUGCAAUAGCCAGAAUAAUUUGCACCCACCACUUCAAAAGGGUGAUUUUUGUAGGAUUUACAAGUGACAGUCACUAAUUUUCUUCAUCACUCUGUAUUACACAACUUGAUUUAGCAAAACAGCACCGUCUACCCUACUUUGCUUUUCUCCAUCCCCUUCUGCAAAGUGAAAAGCGGAUAAAGAAAUGAGAUAUCAAGACUCAGUUACAUUGGGUCUUCUCUAAAUCAAUGCUGUGCCUACUGCUGCAGUGUGGAUUUGAACAGUGGCUGUUCUCAGUAAGGAUGGAGGAUAAUCAGACUGUCUAACUGUAGGUAUCUAACUGAAGUUUCUGACAUGGGAGCCUGAGGUAGGACUCCUCUCAUGUAAAUUCAGAUGUCUGAAAGCUAAACGUCUGAAUCCAUGCUAGUGACCUGCUCCACUGCUCAUUAACAAAGAGAAGGAAAUAUUUCCAUAGGAAGACUCAUUUUAGGAUGAAUUGUCGUGAUUGUGCCUAUUACAUUUGGUUUGGUUUUGCUUUCAUAUGUCAAAGGUCAAGCAGGAAGAUACUGUAUGUCUGUUGAAUAACCUUAGAGCACUUCUUUUCUUAGUCAUCCUCUAGAGCCUGAGCUGGGUGCAUAAGCUCCUUGUUCAAGCACAUAAAUUAGAUACUUCAAGUUAGGCUGAAGGAGCAUCCAUCAGGUUGCAGAAAAGCGGCACUGCCUCGUCUGUAGAGGUAAUUUUCAGCCAUUUCUGGUUGAUGACCUUUGAGUAUAGAGAAAAAAGAUUGCAUAAAGGCAAUCAUUUGGUUUGUAAAAUCACUGCAAUUUUGACUGAUAUUUCAGUAAAAGUUCCUAAUAUGCAUCAUAAGCUGUUCCAACUGAGUGCUAGAAAUUUUUAACAAAGUCCCCUUAAAGCAACCCUGUAAUACCUGAUGGUCACCUGUGAACGUUUGAAAGCCAAGAAGUUUUCCUUUCUGAUUCGGAAAAGCUUUGAAUAUCAACCAUAACACUUCCUGCUAAUUCUUAUAGAUCCUUUCUGUUCAGUCUCCAAUUCAGAGGUAACUUUGGAGAGCAGCACAGCUCACAACCCAAGUUACAGCCACUGCUCUUCGUAAUUCCAGUGAUCCUAGGAUGGUUUCAGUUGUGUUAGUUACAGUUUUGAUGUCUUCAGAAUUUAUGAGGCACUCAGCUUUAGACUGCAAAAAGGAACAGAAAUCCUCAGUUUGAGAGCUGUCGCUCAGACACAGCUCCUUUCAAGCCCAAACCCUAUUUAGAGGAAGCUGUGAUGAGAACACAGAGGAAGGCUGGGGAAUAACCACUGAGCUCACAGGCCUCAGAGUGACAGCAUCCCAGCACUCGUGGGAGCAUCCUGUACCUGCACAGCUCUGGACAUUCAGGUUGGUGCUUCUGCCAGUCUAUAUAUCCUGCAGUCUUAUAAGCAUUGGUUUAUUUACUGAAGAGUCAAGUGGAGAUCUCACACACUUCAAAAACUCCUGGGUUUAUGGGAUGCAAAGUAGGAUCCAGCUAUCACUUUUCCACCAAAUGUCAUCCUGUCACCUAAGCAAAUCAAGCCCAACUCUCAGCCCUUCAUUGGGGUUUCCUCUGCAUACAGAACCCAACCCUUCCCCUACUUGAGCUGUCUGCAGCCUCACAUGCACUGCACAGCAAGCCUGGGGUUUCAACGUGCGCUGUGCUGGAGAAGAGCUGCCCUACGAGAAACCCUGAUGGCCCACAUUCUGCAAGCUUGGGGUUACCAGCACCUCUAAGUCUGAAAAGUUCUCCUCUGUUCACCUCUGUAUCGGUUUUAUGUGGCAAGAUUUUGGUAGCAGGAGGCUACAAGGGUGGCUUCUGUAAGAAGCUGCCAGAAACUUCCUCUGUGUCUGGUAGAGUCAAUGCCAGCUGGCUCCAAGAGAGACAGCUGCUGGCCAAGGCCGAGCCAGUUCGUGACAGCGGUAGUGCCUCUGAAAUAACGUAUUUAAGAAGAGGGGGGAAAAAAUUGCUGCAUAAGGGCAGCUAUGAGAGAGGAGUACUAACGUGAAAGCCACAAUGCUGCAGACACCUAGGUCAGUGAAGAAGGAGGGGCAGGAAGUGCUGCAGACACCAGAGCAGACAUUCCCCCCCAGGCUAUGGUGCAGCCCAUGGUGAGGCCCUGCCCCUGCAGCCAUAGAGGCCCUGGGAGAGCAGAGAUCCACCUGCAGCCCAGGGAGGACCCCCCACCAGAGCAGGUGGAUGCCUGAAAGAGGCUGAGGCUCUAUGGAAAGCCUGCACUGGAGAAGGCUCCUGGCAGGACUGGUGGGCCCUUGGAGAGAGGAGUCCAGGAUGGAGGAGGUUUGCUGUCAGGACUUGUGACCCUGUGGAGGACUCACACUGGAGCAGUCUUUGCCUGAAGGAGAGGCCCACGGAGAGGACCCAUGCUGGAGCAAUUAUUGAAGAACUACAGCCAGGGGGAGGGAUCCACAUUGAAUAAGUUUGUGGAGGACUGUCUGCCAUGGGAGAGACCCCAUGCUGGAGCAGGGAAAGUUUAAGGAGUCCUGAGGAAGAAGGAGCAGCAGAAACCAUCUGUGAUGAGCUGAUCAUAACGCCUAUUGCCCGUGCCACUAGAGGGGAAGAGAGAGAGAAGUUGUGAACAAAGCUGAGCCCAGAAAGAAGGGAUGUUUGGGCAGAAGGUGUUUUAAGAUUUGGAUUUUAUUUCUAAUGACUUUGAUUUAUUGAUAAUAAAUUAAUUUCCCCAA